AUGGAUGGAUCAGAAAUCUCACAGAUGCGCCAUUCACCACAGUCAAAGCUCGCUCAGGAGACCUUCCUGAACAACGCUAAAAAGAACCAGCAAAUUGUCGAGGAUAUAAAGUCGGCAGAGAAAGAUUUGCUGAAGAAAACAAAAAAGUGGGUUCAGUCCAUUGCAGUUUCUGCACACACCGGAAUUAGUGUUGCUGAGUCUUAUAAAGCCUUUACUGACAAAUUCAGUAAAAGCGAUGUGGGCAAUAUCCAAAGGGUGUGUGUUGCGCUAUCAGAAGUUGGUGAAGUUGUAUUAACUUUUCUUCAUUUGAUGGACCAACUCCAAAUUGAUUUGGACAAUUGUAUAGUCGAGCCGUUGCGCAGUUUCCUUGACGAGGAGCUCGCUGUUGCGACAACAGGAAACAAACUCGACUCGAUCAAGGUAGUUUCGUCGUCUAUCAACCCAAAGUUGUCUCAGAGUGUUGCCAACACGCAAAUAGCGAUUGACAAAUUUGAGAUUGAUGGACUUUCCCAAUUUUUUUCAAUGUACACGUGUUUUCAAUCGUUCCGUACAGGGUUGUCUGAUCUUGACAAAAUGACAGAGAAAGUGAACUUCGCAAAGUCGCAACAAAUCGCCUUUCAGAAGGCGUUUGAGGAGAAUGUGAAGAAUGAUUCUUCCUCGUACCGAAAUUGUUUUGGGAUUCCUUUGAAAAAACUGUUGGACGACGAAAGGCGACUUCCGGGCCAAAUCCCCAUAGGCCUUGAAAAGGCGUUGAAGUACUUGUAUGCAAAUGGCCUUGAAAAGGAAGGACUUUUCAGGGUGAGUUCAACACCCGACCAAAUCAACUUCUUGAAGCUCAAAUUUUUAGCAACAAGUUACUCCAACGAAGACCCGCACCUUGUUGCCAAUGUUGUGAAGUCGUUUUUAAAAGAGAUUCCCGGCGGGCUUGUUCCCAAGUCAGCUCUUCCUCUCUUUAAGAAAUGGGAUGCGAAAAUUGUUUCUUCUCAAAGUUCAGAAACAGAUGAGAAGAGCAAAACGAAGGAGAUAAUUGAGGCGAUGCACAAAGAUUUGAAAGGUGCACUUUCUGAAGAGAAUUAUACGUGUCUGAAGUACGUGACGACCUUCCUUGAAAAACUGAGUCGAACCGAAAAAUCCAAAAUGACUGCCGACAACGUCGCAACGUGUGUUGCGCCCGCCCUCUUUUUCAACGAAGAAACAAGUGAUGUUCGCAACGUUUUAGAUUUCAACUUGAUGUCAAAUCGCAUGUUGGCCUUCAUUAUUAAAAACAACUUCGCGAUAUUCCCUUCAGCAAAAAAGUGCUUCACCGAGAGAAAGAAGAGCGUUUUCUUACAAAACCCAGAACAGAUCGAGUUGUCCGAAAAACUGGAAGAAGCAAGUUUAUCGCUCAGCUUCUCGUCAAUGAAUUCCCCAACUCUCUCCUCUUUGAUGGAAAAGAAUCCGGGAAGAUUACAGAAUUCGGGGUAUAGAAGAUCGGCAAGAAUUGACGCUCGACUUUCGAUGAAGUGA